AUGACAUCGCAUGCGGACAAGUCAUCGGUGCGUCUGUUUCGCAGUGACACGCGUGAGAGUCACCUCCGUGGCGACGAAUAUCGCGCCUCCGUGAGCGAGAGCGGCCGCAACAGAAGUCGUCUGUCGCCUCGCAACACGUCAAUGACGCGCCACGCGCCACCCGAGUGCCCAAGCGAGGUGACAUGGGCCUCGAAGCGUUCCUCCCGUGUCACGUGGAAACAGGCUAUGAACCGCCGCCCACCGCAGGAUUGGUCCAAUUCACGGCCCGACACGUUUCAUCGCGAUGAUCGCGUCCCGUUUAAGUUGUCGGAAGUUGAUGAAAGCAGAAAAUUGGAUGUGUGUAGACUAGACGAGUGCCUUAGUGAACCCCAAUCGGCGCGUGGCGGCGUGAGGGACUCCGCGGCCCCUCUGACACGGUGGCAUCUCGAUAAACACGUACAGCGUAGCGGAAUGGCGUCGUUUCACACAGAAGAAUUUCUGCAUGACCACGACACAGUGGAGGACUGGGAGUUGAUGUUGGUGUCAGAGGGAAAGCGGAGUCUGCUGGAGCAAUUCAAUGCAUCGAAGUUGCAGCACAGCCCAGAGGGAGGAGAGGAGGAAUCAAGCAGCGUCUGCCCAACAAAGACCAAAACCGCGCGUGACACUUUGCAAAGUGCCCGGAAUACGCCUCAUGCCGUUGCACCCCUUAGGCGGCACGCUGCUCAACGGGAUCACGCUGCAGAAGAAGAGGAAGAAGAAGAAAUCAUUGCACGCUUUUAUGCAGACCAGCAUGCACGCCGUCGAGAGCCACAGCCACACAUGGGCACUGAUUCCACUCCAUCGCCAUCCGUACCGGAUGUAAGAUACACCCAGCCAAAUCGUCAAUAUGACGAUAAUCCACACGUAGGAAAUCAGCUAACCAUGGCAUCAUCGUCCACGAUUCCUCAAAACAUACAUGACUCCCAUGUGAAAAAAGAGCACGCGCGCCCUACGGAGGAUGAACCAGAAAGAAUAAAUUGGGAACACGAAGGUGAGUCUACUGAAAAAAAAAAAGAACCCAAACUUUCGACAUUAGAGGAAUUCCGCCAGUAUGUUAUACAACAAAAGUUACAAAGUCGCAGUAAAACUCAUACAAGAAAUGCAGGAGAAAAUGCCACCUUAACACACAGCCCAGCCCUCACAAAAAACACGGAAAAGAGAAAACAAAACGAAAAUCUCAACGACAUAUCACAAAGUAUGGAUAACACACAUAUGCCGUUAUUAAAGUCUAACACCCUACACAACAACAACUUGAUCAGUAGCACUAAACUCACACUAGAUAUAAACACAACAGAGACCAAAAACCCACAAGACAAAUCAUUUGCAAACGCAAGGCAGCAGGACCGUGAUGUCGUAUCGCACGCGGAGGAAGCCGAGCGCAGUGCCGUCCUGGCAGCAGCGCACAGAGGUGCGACGGUCAUUGCUGGCGCAGAGGUUCUGAGUCGGAGAGAGCAACAGGACCGUGAUGUCGUAUCGCACGCGGAGGAAGCCGAGCGCAGUGCCGUCCUGGCAGCAGCGCACAGAGGUGCGACGGUCAUUGCUGGCGCAGAGGUUCUGAGUCGGAGAGAGCAGCAGGACCGUGAUGUCGUAUCGCACGCGGAGGAAGCCGAGCGCAGUGCCGUCCUGGCAGCAGCGCACAGAGGUGCGACGGUCAUUGCUGGCGCAGAGGUUCUGAGUCGGAGAGAGCAGCAGGACCGUGAUGUCGUGUCGCACGCGGAGGAAGCCGAGCGCAGUGCCGUCCUGGCAGCAGCGCACAGAGGUGCGACGGUCAUUGCUGGCGCAGAGGUUCUGAGUCGGAGAGAGCAGCAGGACCGUGAUGUCGUGUCGCACGCGGAGGAAGCCGAGCGCAGUGCCGUCCUGGCAGCAGCGCACAGAGGUGCGACGGCCAUUGCUGGCGCAGAGGUUCUGAGUCGGAGAGAGCAGCAGGACCGUGAUGUCGUGUCGCACGCGGAGGAAGCCGAGCGCAGUGCCGUCCUGGCAGCAGCGCACAGAGGUGCGACGGUCAUUGCUGGCGCAGAGGUUCUGAGUCGGAGAGAGCAGCAGGACCGUGAUGUCGUAUCGCACGCGGAGGAAGCCGAGCGCAGUGCCGUCCUGGCAGCAGCGCACAGAGGUGCGACGGUCACUGCUGGCGCAGAGGUUCUGAGUCGGAGAGAGCAGCAGGACCGUGAUGUCGUGUCGCACGCGGAGGAAGCCGAGCGCAGUGCCGUCCUGGCAGCAGCGCACAGAGGUGCGACGGUCAUUGCUGGCGCAGAGGUUCUGAGUCGGAGAGAGCAGCAGGACCGUGAUGUCGUAUCGCACGCGGAGGAAGCCGAGCGCAGUGCCGUCCUGGCAGCAGCGCAGAGUGUUCGUUUUGUGUGGGGCGCUUGUGGUUUUUAUGGCGGUGAGAAUGUGCUUGGAUUACGCGAGAAGAGAGAUUCGAUUGCUUCGUGGCCUUUACGGGUGGGUGCGUUGGAUCCAAAGAGCGUUAAUUCUGUUGAGGAGCUCGCUGCAGUCUCUCAUAGCGGGAUGUCUUUGGAUACCGGUUUAGGUGUAUCUGAUGAAGGCAAUGCAUGUGCAACUGCCGUGUCACGUGUAAAUGAUGCGAAGUUAGAUGGAAUUCUUCUGACUGGAGGCUGUGAAUUGACGCAGUUGAACGUGAGGGGUGGUGUUUUGUUGGCAGAGGAGACAGUAUCGUCGUUACGGGUUGAGGCUAAAGAAACAGAAGUUCAAUCUGAUAUGCUGGGUAAAGUAGCAGUGCAUCCCGCGCUACGUACUGGAGAAGUUCGCGCGACGACGAUUCCUCAUGGUGAGCCUCUAGGGGAUGACUCUGACGAUGAUAUACCGAUUCACCCCAGGUAUACCUUUUUUGGAUGCCUGCUUUCGCCGUUUGUCUGCUGUAUGAGCCGUCGGCAGACGCAAAUAUCCCGUAUUGAAGACCCUUUGUCCAAUGAGUAA